UAUAGUCUAUACUAAAUAAAGUCAAGAUGGCAAAAGAAAAACUACAAAGAACAUUCUGAACAGACAAGACCCAACUCCAACAGCCCAGAUUCAGAGAGUCUGGAAAGAGCCAGAGCCCAGUGACCGAGAAAGACAAACAGGAGAUGAAUGUAAGGUUAACAAUACAUGCUGAAUGCCCUAUGCAUUUAGAAGAUUUCCCCAUGGAUGUGCAUGCCUGUCCACUGAAGUUUGGAAGCUAUGCCUAUACCAAAGCUGAAGUAAUUUAUUCUUGGACUCUUGGGAAGAACAAAUCUGUGGAAGUAGCUCAGGAUGGCUCACGCCUGAAUCAGUAUGACUUGCUUGGUCAUGUUGUUGGGACAGAGAUAAUCCGGUCUAGUACAGGAGAAUAUGUCGUCAUGACAACCCACUUUCAUCUGAAGAGAAAAAUUGGCUACUUUGUCAUCCAGACCUACUUGCCAUGUAUCAUGACUGUCAUUCUGUCACAAGUGUCUUUCUGGCUUAAUAGAGAAUCUGUCCCUGCUCGCACAGUCUUUGGUGUCACCACUGUUCUCACCAUGACCACCUUGAGUAUCAGUGCCAGAAACUCUUUACCUAAAGUGGCAUACGCGACGGCCAUGGACUGGUUCAUAGCCGUCUGUUAUGCCUUUGUAUUUUCUGCACUGAUUGAAUUUGCUACUGUCAACUACUUCACCAAGCGAAGUUGGGCUUGGGAAGGCAAGAAGGUACCAGAGGCCCUGGAGAUGAAGAAAAAAACACCAGCAGCCCAAACCAAGAAAACAAGCACCACCUUCAACAUAGUGGGAACCACCUAUCCUAUCAACCUGGCCAAGGAUACUGAGUUCUCCACCAUCUCCAAGGCUGCUGCUGCUCCCAGUGCUUCUUCAACUCCAACAGUGAUUGCUUCCCCCAAGACCACUUAUGUGCAAGACAGUCCUGCUGAGACCAAGACCUACAACAGUGUCAGCAAGGUUGACAAAAUUUCCCGCAUCAUCUUCCCUGUGCUCUUUGCCAUAUUCAAUCUUGUCUAUUGGGCCACAUAUGUGAACAGGGAAUCUGCUAUCAAGGGCAUGAUCCGCAAACAGUAGAUAAUAGUGGCAGCACAGCAACCAGAGCACCCCAUGAAGCAUCCAAAUCCCAAACCUCAGAGCUCCCCUCAUGUGUUUCAGGAUUCUUUUUAACCCUGUUCCAAGCUGAGUGUAAUCACUUUCUCAAUUCAUAUUUAUGAACCUCAGUGUAAAUGUAAAACAGAAAAAUGACUUUUCCCUUGAACAUUGCUUGGAUUGAGCCAAACACUGCCAUUUGUCCAGUUUCUCAUGUUAGUAUGCCAGUCUCCCCCCAGCUGAUGGCACUGCAUGUGUUUAAUUUCACUCUGCCCACUGGAGAAAGGACAGGAGACUCUAUUUCUUCUAGUGGAAACCUUGGCUGUGUGAGGUCUAAUGUGUUGAGGUCCAGGAGCACUAUUGACUGGGCUACAUUGGAUGAUUCUGACUCACUACAGAGUCAUACUGGGCUAUCUCAUUUCAUCUCAUCUUACUUACCUGAUACCUUCCAUGCACCCAUCAGGGCUGAAUAGGCAUAUGAGCUGGUAGAAUGGGAAGAGGCCUAUGGAAACUUCUGAAGUAACACAUGGUUUCUUGCCUUGGAGGUCAAUGGGGAUGAUCAAU